AUGCUUGUUUUUCCCAUUGUCUUUUUCUCCUUGCGCCUCAAUGUGGAUGACCUUCUUUUCCCUCCUACUCAUGGAAAACCAAAACCAAGACUCCCUAUUGCUUUUGACAAUACAAGGUUCCUUUUCCUCACAACUUGUCUCAUGGGUUUUGUCUUUGUUGGAGAAAAUUUUGUGCCCAGCAUUUGGGAUGCCUUCCAGUUUACAGGUGCCACAGCUACUGUCUCUCUUGGUUUCAUUUUUCCUGCUGCUGUUGCCCUAAAAGACACUCAUGGAGUUGCAACCAAAAAUGACACCAGACUCUCAUGCCUCAUGAUAAUAUUAGCGCUUUCAUCCAGCAUCAUGGCAAUCUACAGUGACAUUUAUGGAUUCUUCUUCUCAUUACCAACAACAAACUAA